UAUGAACAUUCGGAUGAGAAAUCCGGUUUCAAGCGUCUCGACCGCCCUAAAAAAAUUCCCGCAAAAUUCAACACUACCGUCGUCCGCCGCACCGUCUGCCUCAGUUUCCGCCGCCGUCACCAUCACUGUUGUCAUCUUUCAAAGCUAUUCAGGAGAGCAGCAAUGGCGUCCCCCCGCUACAUACAUAUAAUCGAGCAGCGGAAGCUCUGAUUCCCUCCGAAUCACAUUGGGAAGCUCCCAAAAUCUGAUAUUAUGUAACAAGAGUCUACUCAAUUACAUGGAGCUAUCAUGGGAGGAGUCAUGUACUCUUGAACUUUACUCAAUCUUCGUUGAAGUCAACAAAUGCCAUAAACCACCACAUCAUUAACAAAUUAUUGACUUCGAUACCUCUUGCUUAAGAAGGUAGCCCAAAAGGAGACUCAAGUUGGGCUUGAUACAUUAGCGAUCAAAUUUUUUUUCAUUCCAAAAGCUUAAGUUUAUGGAAGAGGGCUAAAACAAAUAUAGAAGAGUUCUUACACCAACAUUUAUCAAUCGUUAUAUGUGGGACUAAACCAAAUGUUUUCACUGUCCUUGAGAUUUUCAAUUGCAACAAAUGUGUUAUGUAGUGACUCUUCAUUAGAAUAAGUUAAAUUAGUUACAAAAUUUGAUUUUAUUUCUUCAUUUUUGUUUUCAUGUAUUGGCUCUCUAAUGGUAUGUAUUUUACAACCACCACAUCUUGCAGUAGGCGAUGUUAGUGAUAAAAAAAAGAUUCCUUUCCCAUUCAGGCCCUCUUUUCUUAUCUCUCUUCAUUAACCCUAACAUUUUUCAUGCUAAAAUCCGCCAUAGUUUCAUCCUCACUUCAUCCUAUUCCUUUCUUCACAUGGAGAAAAUCCAACAACAAAUUCUUUGGAGCAAAGCCCAUGUCCAUCAUCCCGCCCUUCUCGAGAAGCUAUCUUUAAUCUACUUAUCAUCCAACAAAACCGAGGUUGCUCAUCUCAUUUUUGAUGAGAUUCCUAAACCAACUAUCUUUUUAUUUAACGCCAUGAUCAGAGCUUAUGCUUGGAAGGGUCCCUUCGAUCGAGCAAUAGAUCUCUAUUAUCGUUUGAUUCAUUUCGGCGUAACACCAAACAAGUACACUUUUCCAUUUGUUCUCAAAGCUUGUUCUACCCUUCUCGCUCUGGAAGAAGGAAUAGAGAUUCAUAAUCAUGCAAAGAGAAUGUGUUUGGAUUGUGAUUUGUAUAUUUCAACAUCUUUAAUUGACAUGUACAUGAAAUGUGGACGAGUGGAUGAAGCUCGCCUCGUGUUCUUACAAGUAAAAAAUGGAGACGUGGUUGCAUGGAAUGCCAUGGUUUCUGGUUUUUCCUUGCACGGUUUAUACAAUGAUGCAGUCGGAUUUGUAUUAGAAAUGCAGAGGAGAGGGACAAAUCCAAAUAGUUCAACAAUGGUGGGGAUUCUUCCUGUGGUCGGAGAAGCCAAGGCUUUGUUACAGGGGGGGAGAUCUGUUCACGAAGGGGAUGUUUUAGUGAACACUGCAAUACUCGACAUGUAUGCAAAGUGUGAGUCAAUGGAUUACGCCCUCACCAUAUUUAAAGAAGUAAGUCUUAAAAAUGAUGUUACUUGGAGCGCGAUGAUUGGGGGAUAUGUUCAAUGCGAGAAGAUGGUCGAGGCUUUGGUGAUUUUUGAUCAGCUAAUGCUUAAUGCAGCUACAAACAUGUCGUCCACCUCCCUUGCUUGUGUUCUGCGGGCUUGUGCGAGUUUGUCAAAUUUAAAAAGAGGGAGGAAACUUCAUUGUUAUUUGAUCAAAUCUGGUUUUCUCUCAGACAUAACUGUAAGUAAUUCUCUUCUCUCAAUGUAUGCGAAGAUUGGAAGCAUAUGUGAUGCAUCUUCCUUCUUCAAUGAAAUGGAAUCGAAAGACACUGUAUCUUACAGCGCAAUCAUGUCUGGAUUCAUCCAAAAUGGAAGCACGGAAGAAGCACUCUCCAUAUUCAGGAGAAUGCAACUUUCAUGCACGAAACCAGAUGCGGCGAUGAUGGUCGUCCUUCUUCCUGCUUGUUCUUAUAUGUCUGCCUUACGGCACGGAAGCUGCAGCCAUGGCUACGUGAUCAUAUCUGGACUCUCAUCCAAUGUUUCUAUCUGCAACGCUUUGAUUGAUAUGUAUGCAAAAUGUGGAAAAAUUGACAUCGCUAGUGUAGUUUUUGAUGGGAUGAAAGAUCGAGACACAAUAACAUGGAAUGUUAUGAUAUCUGCUUAUGGAAUCCAUGGAUUUGGCACCAAAGCUCUCUCUCUUUUCGACUCGAUGCGGGCCAAGGGGUUUAAACCAGACGAUAUCACAUUCAUCAGCAUCCUUAGUGCUUGCAGUCAUUCAGGAUUAGUCGCAGAGGGAAGGGGUUGUUUUGAAUCCAUGACCAAAGUUUACAACAUUGUUCCAAGAAUGGAGCACUAUAUCUGCAUCGUCGAUCUUUUCGGGCGUGGAGGUUUAUUAUCUGAGGCCUACGAUAUUGCCAUUAGGAUGCCAUUCGAACCCGAUGUUCGUGUAUGGAGUGCCUUGCUUGCAGCUUGUAGAACACAUAAGAAUGCCAAACUUGGGAGCAAGGUUGCAGAGAUGAUUGAAAGGUUAGGACCUGAAAGUACAGGAAACUUCGUUCUAAUGUCGAACAUAUACAGUACCGCCGGAAGAUAUGGAGAAGCGGCACGAGUUAGAAUAAUGCAGAAGGAGAAGGGACUGAAGAAGAGUCCGGGAUGUAGUUGGGUUGAGAUUGAUGGUAAAGUCCAUGGAUUUAUAGGUGGAGAUAGCUCACAUCCACAAUAUUUGAAGAUAUGUGAGAAGCUGAGUGAUUUAUUUGGUGAGAUGAGGAAGAUUGGUUACAGGGCUGAUACAAGCUUUGUGAUGCAGGAUGUGGAGGAGGAGGAGAAGGAAGACGCUCUUGUUUACCACAGUGAGAAGUUAGCAAUAGCAUUCUCUCUACUGAGUUUAAAAGGUGAUCGACCGAUAUUCGUCACUAAAAAUUUACGAGUUUGUGGGGACUGUCAUACUGCCAUUAAAUUUAUCACAUUGAUCGCUAAGCGAGCGAUCAUUGUGAGAGAUGCGAGCCGGUUUCACCAUUUUGAAGGAGGAUUGUGCAAAUGUGGAGAUUUUUGGUGACAGUGGUUUGUAAAGAUGCAAACUUUUUCAAAGAUGGAUGUUGGGAAGUUUUCAAGUAUACAAUGCUGAAGUAGAGAGGUAAUUUUACCAAACUCGAAGUUUGCCAAUCUUGUAGUUCUUAUGAUAUCCAUGUUCUUAUAUGAUAGAAUGCUAUUUAUUGUUUGGGGCAUUUACAUACAUACCAUCCAAUUCCUGUGUGUUUACAUAUA